AAGCGAACCGGAAAUAAAAAAUCCCAGGUAAUAAAAGACAAUAACAAAGAAUUGACGCUGAAAUGCAGAAUCAUGUGUCUAUAUUAGAGCUUUAAUGGGUGUUCGUAUUACCAUUUCAUCCAUUCAAUUCGCAUCUAUGGGCUAACUGGUUCUAUGCAUUUGUGACUGACACCAUUUGAUGAGAAUGACAGCUGUCACACACAAUAUGACAGGUGUCAUGAGAAUGACAAGCAUCAAAGACAAUGAGCUUAUUCACCUGAAUGUUGGUGGCGUCAUCUAUACAACAACACGUCUCACAUUAACGACUUAUCCUAACACUAUGAUUGGUGCAAUGUUCAAUGGCAAUAUGUCAAACACAAAAGACGAACAUGGAAGGAUUUUCAUUGAUCGGGACGGGGAAUUAUUUAAAUAUGUCUUGAACUUCCUGCGAUCGUCCACGCUAUCUCUACCUGAUGGCUUUAAAGAUUAUUCGUCACUUUUAGCCGAGGCAGAUUUUUACCAAAUUCAGCCGCUCACUGAUCUUGUUAGGAAUAUUAUUCAGGAGAUCGAUGAAGAGAAAAAGAAGGAGUUUGAACCUGAUGGGAUGUUUUUAGAAGUAACAGAACGUUUUUGCCCAUAUUGGAAUCGUUUUAAAACAUACAUUGCUGGGUCAUGGGAUGAAAAUGACACCCCAUUGGUCCUAAUCGAUCUUCUCAAUAUUGUAUUUAUUUCGGAAAUGUUACGCUCAAAUGUUCCAACCACACAGCUCACGAGACUACAAUGUUCCGCCCGCCUAAGAUCAAAAGGUUGGAUUUUACAAAACACAUUUUUGUCGUCGUGGGGUGGGGAUGGGAAAGAGGGUAAAGAGGUGAUUAAGGAUAGAUGGUUCUUGCCGCAUACUGUUGGAGUGAAGAAUGGUUGCCUAAAGGAAACUGAACUUUAGGAAUUGGUUGUAUAAUACAUGGUCAGGGAAUUUUGUCGUUAUUGUAUAGUUUUGCUGCAAGCCAUUGUGACCUUGAGAUCCUAUAUACUUCACCUUCUGAAGGUAAAGUAGGUAGGAUUUGGGGAUUCAGAGGCUAAUGAUUUUUUGAAUAGAUAGGUCAUUUGCAUUUAAGUGAAUCAAAUGUCACUAAAAAUUUCUUUCAUAUUUUACUGUACAUGUGGCCCGAGUAAGUAGAAAACAUGUUUACUUUCUAAUUCUUAAUCUUACACUAUAUACAAGUGUAUGGAAAUAUGUCGGAUGGGUAGUGGCUUAAUGAUAUUUACAUUCAGAGAGUUCUUCUAACCAAUGUAUUUUUUGGAGAAGAAAUAUUUACACAAUAUAGUUAUUCAACAUCACAUCCUCUUUGUGAAAAAAUUGAGCUCUGAUCUCUUUCAAUUUUACAAGACAUACCAUAGAGUUUUUGGUCAAAGUGUGCAAUACUUAUAUUUAAAUUUAGUUAAUAUUUUAUGGAACCACAUGCAAUAAUAUGUCAUGAGGUAUUAACUAUUUAUGCAUGCUUGAUUAUUUUGAGUGUGGUUGAAUUGUGUGUUAAUAGAAAUCAGUUGAAUUGU